GGCUACCCAACGGGCCCCCCGGCCCCUACUUACCCGGUACUGGGUCCUACGAGCGGCACGGCUCCUGUUGGAUGGAAUAUUGAUCAGACCAUCGGCAGCUCUGGCUCUGUGCCCUACCCCCAUGAUGACGGCGGUGGUGCCGCAGCCCCGGGGUCGGGUUGGACUUCUCAAAAUCCCUCUGCUCCUCCUCCACCCUACGCACCUCCUUAUCCCCAAUAA